AUGACCAUCGUCGACAACCACGGGCCGCACGAGUUCGAAGUCGGGUUCUGCCACUGCACAUCCUUCGAUCGACCACCAGAGGAGGAAGCGUUGCAGCUUCUACGAUCGCGCUUGUGGCCCGCGACGUGGUUAACGCCUCGCGCGGCGUUCACAAUCUCCGGCCUUCGCGACUUCCACCUUCUCUCUCUCACCACGCAAGCCUCAACGCAGGACUACUGGAAGUAUCUUUCGCGCAGCAAGGACAACGUGCUCACGCAUCGCAUCCCCAGCCGCUACGGGGAUCUGUUGACCACCCUGCGGUUGUACUCCUUCACACAGCUCACGAAGCGCAGCGGCGUGGAGCCGUCAUGGGAUAUGGGAGAGGGAGUUCUGGGUACUGCGUGUCCCGCCUGUCCACAGCCUGGCAUCAACAUGAACUCCAUACCACCCGCGGCAUACGGGGAGACCGAUGAGGAAAAGUAUCUUGAGGCGUUGUAUAUCACCCUCGACGGCAACUUCCAGCUCAGCCAGAAGAUGAAGAAGGCCGACCUCAACGACACCGCGCUUACCCACGCUGCGGGGUACUUCGUCAACGAGACGGAGGCCGCAGACAUACUUGAUGUGCCUCAGGAGGAGGUGAACGAGGCGACGACCUGUCAUGAGUUCGGCGCCAUGGGGUACAGCCGUUAUGCUGGGAGAGUGACCGGACUUGUGGGUGGUACAUGCGCGCGGCACCAGUACUGGAUGAGGAACAGUUUCGUUGACCUGACCAAGGGCGAAUCUUACAAGUACGCGGAUCUUAGUCACCUGAGUGGCUUGAAGACGUACUACUCCCUUCCCAUGAUCGUCUCGGGAUAUGACAUCAACUGCCAAUACAGCAAGAAUGUCGUGAAGCGCAUGACCAAGAUGUGCAAGCAGAACAAGGGUAUGACAUGUUUACCCUCUCAUAUCGCAGAGAGGCCCUUCACGCUAGUCGUGGUCGGGAAGUGGCACUUGUCCGCGCACCAACCGGCAUGUCGCUACAAGUAUUCGUACAACUGGGUGCCAGGCUGCGCGAUGACCGACGGAGAGGCACCCGAGCGCAACUGGUGGACAACUGUCCCGUUAAUCGCGCGGACGAAAGAAAUGGGUCCCGGGGCUCGUCACGAUACCCUCAACGACAAUUGGAACGACCAGAACGUGCAGCGUACGCAUAAGCUAGCGGGCGUUCUCUCGAAACGUUUCGAAGCGACGCACGAGAAGAUCAAGAUGCUCGAAAAUCAUCUCAAGAACAUCGAAAAAGACUUCACUGCCGAGGAGCUCAAAGCGAUGAAGGAGGACGAGACCGAAUUCAUCCGACGUGUCGUUUCCGUGGAGUUGCACGACGACCUCGAGAACCUAUACGACAUCGACUUUGAUCGUGGUGAGUGUCAUGCGAGCGACUUUAUCCCUGCCGCUGGCAGCGCGAAGAAGUCCUCGGAACCCAAGAUGCCACGUCGCGACCAGAAGAUGAUGGAGGUGCUCAACGAGGGAAUCGAGCUUGAGAUGCUGAAACGGACUCUGCUACAUGGCCUUCGGCAAGACCCAGGCGAAGUGACACCCGACAUGGAACACAAACGCAAUGAACUUCUGCGGAGAUACUCGAAAUGGGCAGGCCUCUACGAUGCCCAGAUCCAGCCCGUGCUCGAAGACGCCGCCGACAUGGUUCCUGAAGCUCUCAAAUCCCAGACGUUCCCCCGUCGCGUCGAAGCCUGUCGCGCACCGAUCUCCUCCGACAGCGAUGACGAUUUCAUGGAGAUCGAAGGUGUAGAGUUACCUCUGCCUUCAACCUACGACGACACUGUGUUGGCUCAACCACCAGCAAAGCACCUCGCGGACCUGGAAGCGACAGUCAGGUGCCAGCAAGCACACAAGUGUCUCGAAGAAGUGCGAACACACCUAAUUCUCUACGCCGCGCUCAAGAUCGACGUCCGGAUCCCAUCGAAGAACAAGCCUCUCUCUCGCGAGCUCACCGACAUGCUCAGAACGACGCGCAGAGAUGCCGACGCCGCUGCGGACGACUAUCGCGCAAUCAGGGAGCGUCUUCUCUGGCUAGGGAUAUCAGUCAACGACCCCGACUUCCAGCCACUGGAGAAACGCGACGUCGAACCUUUCAACUUGGCGAACUCCCGAAGCUCUUUGAAUCAAUCAAAGAAACUUCAGGUUUCGUGGCUUUGGAACAAAAUGUCCCUUGUCGACAAACCGGGAACGGAGCUGUACGCCAUCUAUGCGGACGAUGCAGUGAAGGCAGUUCACUGGUUCCGGACGAGCGGUAUACUCACACGGUGGAAAGAAGAGCGCAAGCUCCUGCGUCGGGAGAUGUGGCGCACCAUCAUGUUCUUCGCGCAUUGGAGGCGCCAUUGGGUGACAACUGCAGAUGGGCAUCGAAAGACACGAGACCGCGGGCGAGAGGCAUACGCGCGCAAGUACGUCUCUUUAACGGACUCGAUCCCGCGACGCUAUUGA